UUAUUUCUCAUCUCUUUCUUUCUUUCUAAUCUCAAAAUCUCCAUGGAUGAACUUGAUCUUAUUCCUGGUUUGCCUGAAGAACUUGGUGUUGAAUGUCUAGCUCGUCUUCAUUACAAGGCUAGACCUUCCGCCUCAAGAGCCUGCCGUCGAUGGCUAAACCUUCUAGAAACCCCUCAAUUUUACUCUCUCAGAAAACAGCUUGGAUUUACCAAUCAUAUGGCUUGCUUACUCCAAUCCCUUCCACCACCGCCAUCAUCUAAAUCAUCUCCAUCGGAACAAGACGACGGAAAAACCACCGCCGCCGCCGCCUCCUCCUCUCCGAGUUGCGUAAUCACCGUGUUUGAUCCCGCCACUCGCGAGUGGGAUCGUCUUCCCCAUAUCCCUAAUUCCACAAACGGGCUCCCGUUAUUCUGUCAAAUCGCAAGUUCGGAAGGUAAACUCGUCCUGAUGGGUGGAUGGGACCCGGUGAGUUACGACCCGGUGAGUUCCGUCUUCGUGUUCGAUUUCGUAACUCGCAGGUGGAGGCGAGGUAAGGAUAUGCCAUCCAGGAGGUCUUUCUUCGCGAUCGGUGCCGUAGACUGCAAGGUUUUAAUCGCCGGCGGUCACGACGUGAACAAGAACGCUUUGGAUUCGGCUUGGGCUUAUGAUGUGAGGAAAGACGAAUGGUCCGAAUUGCCUAAAAUGAGCCAUGAACGUGACGAGUGCGAAGGGCUCGUGAUUGGAGACGAGUUCUGGGUUAUUAGUGGUUACAUGACCGAGUUUCAAGGCGCGUUUGAGGCUAGCGCUGAGGUUUAUAAUCUCGAAACUCAACAGUGGCGACGAGUUGAAUCCGCUUGGACUCCCGGUCAGUGCCCUAGGUCUUGCGCUCGGUUAGGGAAAGACGGAAGGCUCACGAGUUGGUCCGAGUUGGACUCGUCUCUUGCCGCAACUGCUUGUGGGGUCAUAUUGGGGGCCCAAAGUUUAGUAAUGGGCUCGGCCCAUCAAGGUUCACCGUUAGGGUUUUACAUCGUGGCGGGGCAAGACGGUAAUUUGGAAAGAAUGGAUGUGCCUGAUGAGUUUUCUGGUUUUGUUCAAUCAAUCUGUUGCGUACAAGUUUAAAUAAAUAAAUAAAUCUAGAGGGCUAGUUUGUUUCUUAAGGAAAAUACAUCACUACACUAGUCAAGAGAUAUUGUAAAUAGCGUCAGGAUUCCAAACUAGACCCUAUCUUACUGUAUUGUGUAUUUUAGAGUUAUAUAUAUAUAUAUAUAUGAUAUAUUUUGGUUGUGUAA